GUAAAAACCGGUGAACUCAUGUUGAGCAUCUUCACUCUCUCUCUCUCUCUCUCUCUCUCUCAACAAAUUCCAACAGUAGUUAUCCAAUGCCCGGGAUUCUUUUAUCCCGCAAAGAGUCUCUCUGUUCUAGCAGAAAAUACUUACAUGAAUUCCAAUACCCAUACUGUACAGAUAAUCCUGUUAGAUAUCCACGCAAACCCUUGAAAUUUAUCUCCUAAAGGGUCUCUCGUGCUUCGUCUCUUUCUCUCUCUUAAAUGUUCUUUUCCCGCUGAUAUUUUUUUUUAUUUUAUCAGGGUUUUGAAUUUCUCGGUUUCCUUUGUUAAUUAAUAGAUAGAAGCAUAUUUAGAUAUGGAUGGAUUUGGAUUUGAAGUUGGGGGUAGUAUUCAAGAGACUCCCAAUCCUCAGGAUCUUAACCAAUUCGGCGCCAGCUCAGCAGUCUUUGAUGCAUCACAAUAUGCAUUCUUCGGUAACAAUGUGGGUGAGGAAGUUGAGUUGGGGGGACUAGAACACGAGGAAGAUUAUUUUCCGCCAGUUGAGCAUGAUGAUGAAGAGUUUCUGUUCAAUCAAGAAGAGGAUGAAGUUGUAGGAUCUUUAUCUGAUAUUGAUGAUCUUGCCAGCACGUUUUCAAAGCUAAACAAAGUUGUUAGUGGCGGAUCAAGGAGGGCAGGAAUAAUUGGUGAUAGGGGCUCUAGAGAAAGUUCAUCUGCAGCUGAAUGGGCACAAGAUGCAGAGUUCCCAAAUUGGUCUGAUCAGCAAAUACUUGAUGCAGAUAUCACUCAGGAAGGCAAAAGAUGGUCAUCACAGCAGCUACAUUCCUCUCCUGCUCAACUUCCGGAAUCAAAACCUUUGUACAGGGCAUCUUCAUACCCUGAGCAGCAACAGCAGCACCACCUCCACCACCAACUUUUUUCCAGUGAACCAAUUCUUGUCCCAAAAUCAUCAUUUACUUCAUAUCCCCCUCCUGGUGGUGGAUCUCAGCAAUCUUCACCAAACUACCAGUUACAGCAUUCUAACAUGCCAUAUCAUCCUGGAGGGCCCCAGAUGCCGCUGUCCACAUCCAACCUCUCUCCCUACUCCAACCCUCAGUUUCAAAUUGGUGGGAAUUUGCCCCAGUACACUCCUCCGGGUCUAUCUGCUAAUACCGGACUGCAAAACCAAUGGAUAAACCAGACAAAUAUGUUUCCUGGAGACAGUUCCAGCAUCUUAAGCAAUUUGUUGCCGCAGCAAUUACCUCUUCGAAAUGCUUUAAUGCCACAGCAGUUAAUGCCACAACAGCAAUCACAGCAACACAGACCACCUCCAUUUCAGCCGUCAUAUGGUCAUUUAUCAGGGCUGCAAUCCCAACUAUUUAAUCCCCACAUCUCUCCAACCCCACUGAUGAUGAACAAGCUUGAAGCAGUGCUUGGUUUGGCUGAUUUGAGAGAUCAAAGACCUAGACCAAUAUCAAAAGGAAGACAGAACUUCCGUUAUUCUCAACAGGGCUCAGAGUGGUGUAGCCAGAAGAGUGAUAGCGGGUGGCCACAAUUCAGAUCCAAGUACAUGACGACUGAUGAAAUUGAGAGUAUUCUAAGAAUGCAGCUUGCGGCAACACAUAGUAAUGAACCAUACGUGGAUGAUUUUUACCACCAGGCUUGUCUAGCAAAAAAAUCUGCUGGUGCAAAGUUGAGACACCACUUCUGCCCAACUCACCUGAGGGAUCUUCCUCCCGGAGCUAGGGCUAAUGCUGAGCCACAUGCUUAUCUCCAGGUGGAUGCUCUUGGGAGGGUUGCCUUCCCUUCCAUUCGUAGGCCACGGCCGCUUCUUGAGGUUGACCCACCAAAUUCAUUUGGUGCUGGCCCCACUGAACGAAAAACAUCUGAGAAACCCUUGGAACAGGAGCCAAUGCUUGCAGCCAGAGUAGCUAUUGAGGAUGGCCUGUGUUUGCUCCUUGAUGUGGAUGACAUUGACCGCUUUAUUCCAUUCAAUCAGCUCCAAGAUAUAGGUGAGACUCAUUUGAGAAGAAGGCGGCAGGUACUGUUGGAAGGGCUAGCAACAUCGCUUCAGCUGGUAGACCCACUAGGCAAAAACGGCCACACUGUUGAUUUAGCUCCUAAGGACGACCUCAUUUUUUUACGGUUAGUCUCUCUUCCCAAGGGCCGGAAGCUGCUGUCAAGGUACCUUCAGCUUCUCACUCCAGGUGGUGAGCUUCUCAGAAUAGUCUGCAUGGCUAUUUUUCGCCAUUUGAGGUUCUUGUUCGGCAGCAUACCAACUGAUAGUGGAGCAGCUGAAUCAACCAUCAACCUUUCAAGGGUUGUCGCAUCAUGUGUUGGUGGCAUGGAGCUUAAAGCGCUUGGUGCUUGUCUUGCAUCUGUGGUCUGUUCCUCUGAGCAUCCUCCAUUCCGCCCAAUUGGGAACUCAGCUGGAGACGGGGCUUCUGUUAUCUUGAAAUCCGUUCUUGAGAGGGCAACUGAACUCCUAACUGAUCCUACCGUUGAUGGAAAUUGUAGCAUGCCUAAUAGGGCCUUUUGGCAGGCCUCCUUUGAUGCGUUUUUUGGGCUUCUGGCCAAGUAUUGUUUCAAUAAGUAUGAUACUAUCAUGCAGUCGAUAAUCUUGCAAGCCUUGCCUGAGACAGCUGUUAUUGGGGCAGAUGCAGCUAGAGCUAUCAUCAGUAAAGAGAUGCCAGUUGAGCUCUUACAUGCAAGUCUUCCUCAUACUAAUGAGCAUCAAAGGAAGCUCCUUUUGGAUUUUGCGCAGCGCUCCAUGCCCGUGUUAAGAGUCUAAUGGUCUUACUGGAGGGAGUGGUGACUCAUAAGGCUUGUGGGGAGCCAUGGAAGAAAUGAUUCCUGAAGAAUGUGAAUAGAACUUGUGAUGGCCAGUGAUGUUGUGGAGUACUGGUCCACGGUUUUUUGUUUUCGUUGGAAUAAGUUGCAUCAACAUCAUGGUGUUGAAGUUAGAGGGAUGGGGGUAUAACAAAUAGCAGUUGGUUUAGCUUUUUAGACAUACGUGUUUAGUGGCCUGAGAGAGCAUUGAAUUGUGCUCGUGCUUGUGCUUGUACUUGUACUUCUCUUUCCUUAUGUACGUAUUUCUGGACUUAGGGAGCUUAUUUUAGUGCUCUGUUGUGGAGUUCAACGUUAGUGAUGAGGCAGAAGGUUUCCUCGACUAUUAAUGUUCAAGGAGUUAAGAAGAAUGCUGUCCUUACAUCUAUCAGACAGGGUAUUGUUGUUCUGCUGGCA